CUGAGAAAAUCAAAGGAGGAAAUGGGUCGGCCCAAGGCGGAUUUGAAGUGCAAGAAGCACCCAAAGCACCGGCAAUCGCCGGGCGUUUGCUCGCUUUGCCUGACGGAAAAACUCUCUCAGCUAUCCUCACGACGAAACUCUGAAACCACGGCCGGCUCUUCUUGUUGCUCUUCUUCUGCUUCUUCCUUGUCGUCGUGUUACUCCUCCUCUUCCGCCUCCUCUUCUUGCUCGUCCCCAUUGCGUCGUUUUCGCUUUACGAAGGAGGGAAAGACGUCGUCGAUAUCGUUUUUGUUUAACGGCAAGAGCGUGCUCACCAAGAGCAGGUCGUUGGCUUUCGUUGCAAGAAUGAAAAAUGGAGAUGAUGAUAAUGACGAUGAUGAUUAUAAGAAGAAGAAGAAGAAAGUUGGGUUUUGGUCGAAGUUGCUUCAUCCAAGAAGUAGCAAGAGGAUGGGGGAGACUCUUAUGCACUCUAGAACCAUGAGAGAGAUGGUGAUUACUAGCUAAUUAAUUAAACAGGAUCUUCAAAAUGGAGAGUUUCUUUGUUUCUUUUUUUCAUUUCUUUCUUCUUUCUUCUUCUUUCUUCUUGGUAGAUGAGAUCAUAAGAAGUGUAUCUAUAUAUUAGG